GCAAAAAUAUGUUAACUGCUGUUCGACAAUUGGCAAAAAAUCCAGCGGCACUUAGAUACUUACACACCACCAAACCAAAAAAUGGCUACAUUGUUUUAGUACCCGAAAUUGGUGAGGAAGGCCAAGCUGGCGAUGUUAUUGUUAAGCCAGAUGGUUUGCCAGCUUUCAAUGACAUAACAAUUGAAAAUUGUUUAGGAGCCAUUGGAAGUCAGGCUGGUGCAGUCGAGAAGCUGGUCAAGCGUGUCGAAAGUGAGAUACAAGAGCUGCCGGAAAAUGAGAAAAUUGAUGUUGGUCGGGUAUUUAAGGAAUUCGAUGAAGUCACUGGACCCCUGGAUACAACAUGGGGUAUUGCCAAGGCAUUGUAUUUGGGCAACAGUACUCUAAUACCCACCAAGUCGUAUAUGAACAUACAUGAACGUGCUAGAAAUGCUAGAGCUUCCAGAUUCUGUAAUAAGACACUAUUUGAAGCCCUUCAAGAACAAGAAUCCGAAGAUUUACAAAAUCCACAAGAAAAACGUCUUUUACAAAAAUAUCUACUCGAGGGAAAACUAAAUGGUUUGAAUUUGAACAAUGACAGCCGCAAUGGACUUAAGGAGAUUUUAAUGCGUUUGGGAAAGGAAAGAGCCACAUUUAAGAACAAAGUAAAUGUUUCAGUGCAUAGCUUUGCCCAUGUUGUCAAUGAUUAUCAGUUGGUAAGAGAUUUCCCGUCAACCCUCUUGGAGGCCACCGCUAUUGACCCAAAUGCCCCCAUUACCCAAGGACCAUGGAAAUUUACAUUACAACCACAAAUUGUCGAAGGCUUCCUGAAAUACUGUCCAGAUCGUAUGCAACGUUGGAAUAUAUGGCAAGCUAACACCCGUAAAGCCUCCAACUACAUUGAACAAAGUUUAGAGAAUAGUACACACUUGGAAAAAAUCCGUGCUCUACGUCGCCGCCAAGCCAAGGCAUUAGGAUAUCCAAAUUUUGCCACAAUGUCCAUGCAAACCAAAAUGGUCAAAGAAAUUCCAGAGCUAAAGCAAGUCUUCUCCAAACUUUUACAGUUUGCCGGGCCAGCCCAAUCUGUGGAAAUUGAAAACUUACAACAAUUUGCCAGCAAGAGUGGCUUUGAGCAUAAGUUGGAGUUGUGUGACAUCACCUAUUGGCAGCGUAAAUAUCUGCUAUCGGAACACAAGUUAGAUGAAGAGGCACUACGCGUCUAUUUCCCAUUGCCUCGGGUAUUCUCGGGCCUGUUUGCUCUAAGCGAGAAAUUGUUUAACAUUAAAAUUGUAGAACGUAAAGACGCCCAGGUGUGGCAACCAGCUGUAAAAUAUUUUGAUGUCUUUGAUUGCGAUGCUGCCAACAGCAAUCACCCCAUUGGAGGUUUCUAUGUCGACUGUUAUUCCAAAGAGAAUAAAUUCGGCAAAAACAAUGGCUGGAUGGUUAGUGUGCGUAAUCGCAAUGAUGCUGCUCGUUUGUCACCAUUGUGUGCUUUGAUUUUCAAUUUCAAUGCACCAGUCGAUGAUAAACCAUAUCUAUUGAAUAUAGAUGAUUUGAAGAUGGUAUUCAAGACGUUUGGUUCGGCCAUGCAACAUCUCCUGACACGAGCUUCAUUUACCGACUUGGCUGGCUUGUCAGGUGUUGAAUGGGAUGCCUCACAGGUGGCCAGUCAUGUUAUGUGCAACUUUUUGGAUAAUCCCACCAUUUUGAAAACUGUAUCCGGACACAUUGAGACCGACGAAGCUUUGCCCGAUGAUUUGGCUAAAAAUGUUCGCCUGCUAAAGACACACCUGGCUGGUUAUAAUUUAUGCCAAGAACUGUAUCUCUCCGAUUUAGAUAUCGAACUUCAUCAAUCAGAACAAUUUUGGGCCGAAAUUGUGAGAAAACUUUGGCCCGUUUACAGAUGUUUGCCGUUGGACAAAAAAGAUUCUCAUCCCUGUUCGUGGACGGAGAUCUUUUCCGGUGAUUGGGGUGCAGCAUAUUUCAGCCAUUUGUAUUCGAAAAUGAUUGCUGCCGAUAUUUCCGAUGCAUUUUUGGAGAACUCUACAGAUAUUAGUGCUGUGGGCAAACGUUUUAAGGACACUUUCUUGGCAUCGGGUAGCACAAUGCCCACCGCUGAGGUAUUCCGUCAUUUCCGUGGUCGUGAUCCUUCGGUUGAAGCUCUUCUUAAAUCAUUAGACAUUUCAACAGUGUCACAAACAUCUGGAGAUUUGUAA